AUGCCCAAGAACAACACAAACACACCCCGCUUUCCGGUUCUCGCCCCGAAGCACGACCUCCAAUGCACCCCUGUUCUCCAGGACCAGAUCAUCGUCAUAGAGCAUUUCUUCUCGCCUGCCGAGUGCAAGGCAUUUGUCAAAUUCAUUGAUGGUCUUCCCCUCGAACUCACACCACCCAAGAAGCGAGGAGAGGCAGAGCGUGUAAAUCACCGUUUUGCCAUAACUUCCUCAGACUUUGCAGCCAAAUUGCACGAGCUACUUUUGCCCCAUCUUCCCUCUUUUCCAUAUCCAUCGUCGGUCAAAAAGCCACCCCCACUAAAUGGCCCUCGCCUGCCCCAAUUUUGUAACUCAAAUAUCCGGUUGUACAAGUAUUCCCCCUCGCAGUAUUUUGGGCCACAUUACGACGAUUCGGUUCGAGACCCUAUGACCGGGGCAAAGUCAGAGUGGACACUGCUUAUUUAUCUCACAGGAGAAGAAGAUGGUGUAGAAGGAGGCGAGACGUUAUUCUACCACGAGCAAAGAGGCAAGCCUCGCGAGGUUAUCAGCCCACCUUUGAAGCGAGGCACUGCCCUUUUGCAUCGUCAUGGUCAAGAAUGCAUGCUUCACGAAGGAUCGCUCGUUCGAAGUGGCAUAAAGUACGUCCUGAGAUCCGACUUGAUGUUCACCAAAUAG